CUACCAGUGUGCACACUCCACUCUGUCUGUGCCUGCAUUUUUUUCCCCCCAUCUCAUUCGUUCUCUGUCUCUCAACGGCGGCAGCUCAGGGAGGCAGCUGUAUGUGCGUCUGCAUAACAAUUGCCACAGGUAAAGACAGCUGCAUCGUCGGAUGUUGCCAACCCCACAGGGGGUUAGGGAGCCUUUGCUACUGCGGUUGCAAGUUCUCAUCCCAGCGCAGAGCGCACAUUUCUAAUCAUCUCCAAGAAAGCAUCCUGGAGGGAAGGACAAGCAGAGGAUCCCAGCAACCAGACCAACAAAUCACAAGCUGACUCGAAAGAGCACUGGCUUUCGGGGACUGAGAGAAAGAACACCAUUCAGAGAGAGAGAGAGAAGAGAGAAUCAGUGGGAUAUUUUUAAACAUUGUAGCCUUCUUUUUGUGCUUUUGCUCUCAUCUCUUGCUUUCUGCUCUUUCUGUUUCAAUUAUUCUCAUCCACUCCUUGCCUCCCGUCCUCUUGCUCUCUCUUUUUACCUCUCUGUGGCGGAAUGUUCCCUGCAAAUAGAUGAGAAGAGGCUUUGUGAGCGCUUGCUGCAGUAUUAACGGGCAGUAUACUGAGACAGCACGGCGCUAAGCGGACAGCUUGGGGAAAUCUGAUCCACAGCCGGCUGGAGAAGGAGCAGGAUCACGCGUCGCAGUUGCAGAUUUAUCCGCCCUGUGAUACCACUGCGCGACAACACCCCUCAUUCUUUUUUCCCCCCUCCCUCUCCCUCUCUCUGUCCUUAUCUGAAGUGUUGCUUUUUGACUGGAUCAGGGAUAUUAAUUGGAUUCUAUUGCUUUAUUUUCAGCCUCACUGGAAUUUAGAGCACGCAUAAAGGAAGCAAAGUCGGUUUGGAUCAAAAGAGUGAAAAAUUAAAAAAAAAAACCUUCAAGAAAUAAAAAAAGAGAGGCUGAUUGAAAAGCAACGAGUGAGACGAAGAUAGCGGAUAAUCCAAGGAGGGCGUUCGACAGACGAUAAACGAUAGAUCUCGCUCUCUUUCAGUUAUGAAAGACACAGAUUUUGGGAGCUGAGGGACGCUGACUCGGCUAAAGCUGUUGGAACUGCAUUGGAAAACGUCUUUUUCAUUUUUUUGGUCCUGCACAGGGUGGGGAGGCAACCAGACCCACCCUGCAAGUUUCACUCCCCUGAUUAGAUAACACUGUCCCAUACUGGAUUGUGCUUGGAGGGGACAUAUAUGCAUGUUAAGUAGAAAGAGCUGUGGAUUUUUGCUGCAGUGACAUCUGAACACUGAUGCCAUAGAUUCCUCACAUGCACAGAUGUAAAGCUGUUCCUUCCCACCCACCUCUCCUUCCUGUCCGUCUCUUUCCCUGUUAGAGGCAUCACUUCUUCCUCCUCUCCUCUGGCUUACCCUGCUGUGAACAUUCUUGAAGUUCACCGUUACUUCAGUUGGACAUCGGGAGUUGGGCAGGACUAAACACGGACUAAUCGGACGAUUAUCCGUCUACGCCAGCUCUCCCAUUUCUUACUGGGUGUCUCUGAGUGUGAGUGUGUGUGCUUGUGUGUUUGUGAUUGCUUGUCUGCAUGUUUCUUCCGCACCCAUCCCCUUCUCUCUAUCCUUGGAUUACAUAUUUGUGUACGUGUUUUUGAACAUUCAAUCCCCGUGAGGUCCUUAUAUAUCCAUUUGUUCACGUUUCCCUUUGUGCAUCCUCGUUGUCUAGCAUUGUUGGGAACCUUUCUGCCAUGUGCUACCGAUGCUUAUCGCAGGGUUAACCCUCAAUGAGCCAUAAAGGACGGCAGGGAAGGAUGAGCGAGUGUUCCGGGGCAGCUGUUUCCGGGGCGGUGAUCCUGGAGGAACCUGAGGCCUCAGGGGCUUCAGGGGGCCGUGCCGAGGGCCAGGCCCAGGAUCAGGGUCCCCUUCGCUGUGCAGUUUGGCCCCGCCAGCAGACAUGGCUGUGUGUGGUCCCUUUACUUAUCGGUUUCAUUGGCCUUGGAUUGAGCCUGAUGCUACUGAAGUGGAUUGUGGUUGGCACAGUGCGGGAUUACGUGCCAACAGACCUGGUGGAUGCUAACCGGAUAGGCCAGGAUCCUAUCUUUCUCUCCAAGCCAAGUGGGAUUCCCAAAAGUCCCGAUACUACCACCACCACAACUACUCCUACAGUGGAAGGUGGGAACCCCACACCUAGAACUGUAACUAUUGGGAAAGGUAGAACUCGAUCCACUGCUACCACCACCACUAUUAACCCCAGAGGGGGCGGAGCCUCGGGUAGCCAAGUUACCCCUCGGAAUCCUGUAAAUCGUAAUGGACGUGGACCUUCGGGUUUUACUACAACUACGGCAGGACCACGGACGACCUUCAUUAUUGGAGCAGCAACAUCUAGCCCUUCGCCGUCCAAUCCAACUGUACUCCAUGACUCUACGCAGAUGUGGACCCUGGAGCAUACUACUACUGAGACGGUCUCCACCACGCUCACCACACGUACACACGGCCACCGCAAAACACCAUCUCCAACUGUCCCUCCGCUGCACUCGGAGCAUUUCAAGCAGUGUCACGAGAAGGACCUGGCCUACUGCCUGAACGGCGGCGAAUGCUUCGUCAUCGAGACGCUCAGUGGGCCUCACAAGCACUGCAAGUGUCGAGAAGGCUACCAGGGGAUCCGCUGUGACCAGUUUCUGCCCAAGACAGACUCCAUCCUGUCUGACCCAAAUCACUUGGGCAUCGAGUUUAUGGAGAGCAAAGAGGUGUACAAGAGACAGGUGCUGUCAAUCACAUCUAUCGCCAUGGCGAUCAGCCUCCUGGGAACCCUGUGCAUGGCUCUCUACUGCCGCAACAAGAGGCGCAGAGAGAAGCUCCAGGCCCACCUGAAGGAGAGCCGUAGUCUGAAAAACUACACUGCCAAUUCCCACAAUGCCCUGGAAGCCAAGAUGAGAGCUCCUAACACCAACCUGCAGAUGCACGAGUACUGCAAACGGUCCUCCCAGUCUCGCCAGGGAAACGUUUGUGAGUCAACUUUUGCACACUGCAACAUCUCCACUACAACAUCCAACAGCUCCCGAGGCACAGCGAAACAUCACAGAAGUGGUUCCUUGUCUCACAGCCCGGAUCAGAGGACCCGAGCCACCCAUUGGUCAGCUCCACGCAGGACCCCGCCCAUAACCAGGGGAAGGCUCAACCCAAUUGGAGGAUCCAAGUAUUCAGGCCCCGCCUACCAACACCUUCAGGAAGUCGACUCAUGUGAGAGAGAGAGUGAAGCACAGAGAGGUUGCCAAAUGCAGGUGGAGAACCAAUGUGACGACCCGAGACGGGACACUUUCCUUCAUAUGCAAACUCCUGUUUCCAGGGCGACGGCGGCGGCGGCGGCGGCGUCGCCUUGGAGCGUGCGUUCAGGCCUGUGCGCCCCAUCUGAACACAACGAUCUGAAUGCCGCGACCCGCAGCCUGCGCCGGCCCGGGCGCCGUCACAGCCACUCCCCGCCUCCUCCCUUCCGCUCCUGCUCCAUCCCCAUCAUCCCCUCCGUCCAGUGCCAUCACGACAGCGAGGUGUCUUGUAUGCAAACCAGCGUCACGCCGGCGACCACGUCGAUGUCAGUCACCUGUGGAGUCACCGUGCCCUGCAAGGACGUGAGGAGAGAGAAGGCGGCACACGCCACGUUGGCUUCUUCUUCUUGCUCGUCCGCCGUCGGCCAGCAGCAGGACGAGGUGGCGCUGCUGCUGGAGGAGGCGCAGGAGCAGCUCAGGGCGCUGGCGUUGGCUUACAGGAGGCAGGAUGAAGGCGGGAUCAUCAUCGGCGGCGGGUCGACAGCUGCACCGGUGGAGGCCAGAGAAACUGUUUGCUUCCUGAACCUUAACGGUGGAAGUUGUGGGGCGCUGAGCUGUAACGGACCCACGCAGACCCAGCUGCUCAGCCCCAGCCUAUCACACAGAGACCUGGGCCAGAGCAGCCAAUGAGAGGACUCCAUUUAGGACUUUCGGUUUGACAGUGUCUGACAGACUAUGGUGUUCUGCAUCUGUGGGACGUGGAACGGAAAUGCCGAAUUUGAAAAAAAAAAAAAAAAAAAAAAGUAAUAUCAUGGAAAUUCUGAAAAUGUGCUGAUGAUAUGCAUACUGUAUGGAUACAAACAUACAAACACUUCUCGAGUGGCCGCCUUUACACCGACUGACAGUAUGGAAAAAGAGAAAAAAAAAUAUUUACAUGCAUUUAUUUACAAAAACAAGAGAAACACUUCUACUUAGGCAAAAAGAAACCAAAUAGUCUGUCAACUCCAUGGUGUUUUUAAUUGUAAAAAGAAUAUAUAAAUAUAUAUAUAAAUAUAUAUGGAUAUAAAUAUAUGGAAUUCAAAAAGUGACCAAGUACAAAGUUGAAGAACACAGGAAUGAUGUAACUAUUUUCCUUUCUUUUUUUUUCUUCUCCCUGUUUUGUAUUAACUGUCACAUUUUGCGUUUUGGCUCAAUUCUAACAACAGAACUUUAUUAACGUCCCGCCGCACGUCCACGAGCCGUGAGUUGGAUUCUGCGAACCUGCACAGAAUCAAAAAUGUCCCACGAGGAAGGAGCCUUCAUACAAUCCCCCCGCCCCCUCUGGCCUUUUGAAAACCUGUCUACCCAGCCAAGAAUUACACUACAGCCCUCUGUGGUUCCCAACAACACUUUGAGGAUUUACGACAAAAAACAAAAACUCCCGGCUGUGCGUGUGUGUGUGUGCUGCGAAGGAAGAGAAGAAGAAAAAAAACAGGAAACAACUUCUUCUCCAACUGGUCGGAUGUGGGAGGGCAGAUUGUUAGAGACAGCCCAGAUGCUGACUCCCCUUUGGCCAAACCAAUCUAGAUUAUUUUUCUUUUUGUUACAAAUGAUAUUUUCACACACACAUAUGCACACACACACUCACCUGUGCAUUAUUUUUUUGUUGGUUGGAUGAGCGGAUGAAUGGACAGAAGGACAAAGGAAGGACCGAGGGCUACGGGGCACCACAGGAGCUAAUCUGACUUUUUUUUUUUUUAGUUUGUUUUUUUUCUUUCAUUUUUUUUGGUUAUUAAUGAACAAUGCUGCUUUCUGGGGCUGAUGGGAGGGAGAACCACAUGGUUUUUGGGUCUUGAAACAAAUAAAUGUCUCUAUGUUGUAUCCUAUGAAUUGGAAGCUUUUGAAUCUCUGUAUGAACUUACAGCCAAAUGUUUCUGGUGACAAAAAGUAAAAAAAUGGUUGCAAUUCUGG